AUGUAUCUGUCGACUACUUCCCUCGCACACUGGUGUCUUUUUGCCCUAUCGGCGACAGCUCUUCCCAACGCCGUAAAUCAUGCGUCUCCUCCCAUCUCCAUUCAGAUGGCCCAGUCGAUCAUCUCCCGGAGCCAGGGUAUCCUGAUCAGCCAGACCGACUCCUCUGCCCUAUUGCAGGCUGGAUUUACGCAGAAGACGUUCCACGAGAUCCUCUCCACUUAUGCAAACAGUUCCUUGGCCCCAGCACUUAAGGCCUACAUUACUAAGAGCGCCGACUCUGUGGUACCUGUCGUCUCCAACGCAACGCGCGACACGAAAUACCCAUUGGACCGUCUGAGCAGCGGAAACGGUCUACUACGAUUAUGGCAGGAAACCGGGGAUGAAAAGUACAAAACAGCAUUCGAAGCAUUGAGAAAGAGUGUGGAUUUGCAGCCUAGAAAUGACCAAGGCGGGUUAUGGUACUAUGUCUACCCGUACUGGAGUUACCUGGAUGGCAUGUUUAGUCUGACUCCGUUCCUCGCCGCAUACACAAACGAUGUUGGUAACUCUGCCAUGACUGAAGAUACGCUAGAAGACAUGGUCUUCCAACUCGAUCUGCUAUGGCAGCGCUGCUACUCGCAAGAAACCGGUCUCCUAGUACACGGUUACGAUGCCAGCCACACAGCAGUCUGGGCCAACAGCGCUACAGGCGCUAGCCCUCACGUGUGGGGACGCAGUCUGGGAUGGUACUGUAUGGCACUCAUAGAUACGCUCGAGUUGCUCCCCGCAAAUGCAAGCCACGCACGCCAGUACAUCGGAUCUCGGUUCCAACAACUCAUGCCUGCUAUCGUGGCAGCCGCAGACGGAAAGACUGGGGCGUGGUGGACUGUAAUGGACCGACCUGGCGAAGAAGGCAACUACUUGGAGAGUAGUGCGAGCAGUAUGUUUGUGUACUCUUUGCUCAAGGGUGUAAGAUUGGGGGCUCUAUCCACGGAUGCGGCAUGGAAUGGCACCGCUUCAUACAGCAGCAACCAGAAUGCGUACGUAGAUGUAGCGAAGAGAGCGUACGAGUACAUCGCCGAGACAUUUGUCGUCCAUAAUGGGAACGGGACGCUAGGCUGGAACGGCACGGUUGGGUCCUCUGGGGUCGUUGGCCUUUGUGAGGGCAAGUUUGGAGGUUGA